CCUUCAAAUAGGGUCAACUCCUUUAAUUCCUGAAAAAAAGAUAUCUGGAUUUCCCUUAAAAGGAAGGCUGUUAAAAAAAAAACAUAUAGUCACCUUCUUAUCUUCAAACUGCUUUCCCACUUAAGAGGAAAAAGGAGUAAAUUUUAAAGAUGCUCUGCUACUUUUCCCACUGACUUUAAAGUAACAGAGGGGAGUGAGAGAAAAAGACGGUGUGGACACAUUCACAGCCUUCAGCCUCUAUACGUCCACAGCCGAGGACUCAUUGGAGAGCGAGCGGGUCAGUGGGAACGAUGGCAGGAUGUUGUGUGUCGGCGGAGGAGAAAGAGAACCAGAGGAUCAACGAGGAGAUCGAGAAGCAGCUGCGGAGAGACAAGAAGGACUCUCGCAGGGAGCUGAAGCUGCUGCUGUUAGGUACUGGAGAGAGUGGAAAGAGUACAUUUAUCAAACAAAUGAGGAUUAUCCAUGGAGGAGGAUACACAGAUGAGGACAAGAGGAGCUACGCUAAACUGGUCUACCAGAACAUCUUCAUGUCCAUGCAGGCCAUGACCCGAGCCAUGGAGGCCCUCAGUAUACCUCUGGCUAAUCCCAAGAACCAGAGCCAUGCAAACUCAGUCCUGGAGGUGGAAGUGGAUCAGGUGGAGGAGUUAGAUCCAGCCCUCGUGGUGGCCAUCAGGAGUCUGUGGGACGACGCAGGGAUACAGGAGUGCUACGACCGACGCAGGGAAUUCCAGCUGUCCGACUCCACCAAAUACUAUCUUUCCGAACUGGAUCGAAUUGCACAACCUUCUUAUAUACCUGACCUGCAGGAUAUCCUCAGAGUGCGAGUGCCAACCACAGGAAUCAUUGAAUACCCCUUUGACAUGGAGAAUGCCAUCUUUAGGAUGGUGGAUGUUGGGGGUCAGAGGUCAGAGAGGAGGAAGUGGAUCCACUGCUUUGAGAACGUCACCUCAAUCAUCUUCCUGGUGGCGCUCAGCGAGUACGACCAAGUCCUGGCUGAGUGCGACAACGAGAACCGAAUGGAGGAGAGCAAGGCCCUGUUCAAAACCAUCAUAACCUAUCCCUGGUUCCAGCGCUCCUCUGUCAUACUUUUCCUCAACAAGACUGACAUCCUCCAGGAGAAGAUCAUGUACUCUCAUAUAGCCACCUACUUCCCUGAAUUCACAGGACCUGAACAGGAUGCGACCGCAGCUCAAGAAUUCAUCCUGAAAAUGUAUCAAGAACAAAACCCCGACAAGGGCAAGACGAUGUACCCUCACUUUACCUGCGCCACGGACACAGAAAACAUCCGCUUCGUCUUUGUGGCCGUCAAGGACACCAUCCUCAGACACAACCUGAAGGAGUUCAAUCUGGUGUGAAGAAGAUUAGGAGGGACAGACAUGACGACAGCCAAGAUAGGAGAAUUACAUAAAACAAAACUUUACAGUGCUUUCUUCUUGGCUGUCUAAACAGAGAACAAUAGAUCCACUGAAAAUAUUUAUGGUUUCUUUAUUUACAAAAAAAUCUUUUCAUCUUUUGUGCCUGUAAAACUAUAAACAUGUAACAGGCAUACCCAAACUACCGUUUCUGUAGGUUGUGCCUGAAAUGCAUAUUGUGUGUACUGUAGUUUACAUUUCAGACUUUAUAGAAAUGAGCUGAAGAAAUGAUACUUGGAAGUGGAAGAAUGUGAAAAUUAGUGUGAAUUUAUAUCAUUGACUUAUUGUGUGAGCCAGUUGUUUUACUACUUUUGAAAUAGUUUUCAGAAAUAGGAUCCAAAUAUACCAUUUUUGCUGAUGCAAUAGCUGUAAAAGUCACUUUAGUCCUGAGUUUGGAUUUAAUAUUGUGUGAAAGUUUUCCGAGCCACCUGCGUCUGCUUUUGCAUGCAAGUGCCUUAUUUAUUUGGGACAGUCAGCACAACCACUGAGUUUGUUUAGAUGUAAAUAGGCCAAAUUUUGCUUUGAAAAACUUCCCUCAACUGUUACUUCUCAGGAGAAAUUAUAUCUAUGAUAAUUUUAAAUAAACAUUUAUAGUUAUUUAAAAAGUGCACUUUGUGUGGUGACAUUUUCUGGGUACAAGAGAUGCAUUUGAAACACAUUUUAUUUGAAUACAGUGUGACAAACAUAAAUGCCAACAGAAAUAUUUUUGUUGUGUUAGUCGGCAAUGCACCCCAACUCAAAAGCAAACCCUUAAAAUAUACAUGCGAGUAAACAGCUGUAAUUCAUCAACAUAGUUGGCAUUGCAUAUGUGUGGUAUAAAAACAUAGAAAUGAUAAUCUGUAGCGCCAUAAUACAAACUUUUGUGUGAGGAUGGAUAUAUACAGAUUGGAUACUACGUAUAUUCUCUAUACAGCAUAUUGACAUGUCAGUACGAUAUAAAAAUAGCAUGCAGCUUUAAAUCACUGAACACUGAACAGUCUUCCUAAUGCAGAGAUGUAAAAAA